AUGAAUCUUUUAACGCCUACAAAACCCGCAUCUAAGGAUAAUGGGAUUUUGCGGCACAACGAGUCUGUUGCAUCACAAAAAGAGGUAUUUGCUCAAGGGUCACAACAACUGAGCCAGAAAAUUGGUAGUCGACAGAAAAACAAAAGGGAUCUUCCAGUGACUUCUUUGCCAAAAAAAGGUGCUUUUGUGCCUCGAUACCAGAUAUCUCUUGAAACACUUGUUGACUCAUCAGAUAUGGCAACAGCUGGUGCUAUUCGCUUACUGGAUAUGGAGGAAGAUAUCUUUGGUUAUUCAUGCACUGAAACAAUCGGAAAAGAAGAUCUGGAACAUAUUUUUCGGCAUCAAGAAUUAGGCGUCGGUGUUAUACACACAUACAUCCGGUUCUUGUAUGACAAUUUCAUGCGCGGGAAUGAUCAAUUGUCAAACAGAUUCCGUUUCGUGUCUUCCUCCCUGGUCAACAAAGCAUUAAUUUGUAGGGAACCGGAUUCAUGUAGAGAGUACUUAGUCAAGAGAUUCAUGGCCAGCAGUACAAACAACUUGUAUCUUUGGCCGUAUAAUUCAGGGUGUCACUGGUUGUUGCUUGCUAUUGAUCCUUUAAAAGAAGUGGUAUAUUUUCUGAAUUCGAUAGAUGGUGAAUGGACAAAUUAUCCGGAUAUGAAGCAAUUAGUUGAUACAUCAAUAAAAGUGUUCCGAUCUCAAAGACAAGCUCGAGUACCACGUACUAAAUCCAGCAACAUUACGUGGAUAAAAGUGCAGUGUCCUCUACAGCGCAACGGUAUCGAUUGCGGAUACUUUGUAAUGAGGUUUAUGAGGGAAAUCAUUAAUAUGAAUCAAAUAGAGAUUCCAAUCACGAUUAGUUAUGACUCCAAAUAG